GUUAACUUGGGCCGCUUGAGGGCUCCGAGCGCUCCUGCACAAGAGGGUCUGUAUUACUCAAGCUUAAUAGUCAAUACUCCGUGAGUAUUGUAUUCGAAUUCUAUGCACAGAAUUUAGAUCAUAACCUUAAAAGUGUAGAUAAAUAUAUUGCGUUCCGUUCCGAUCCGCGAAUUAAAAAUUAAAACAUUAUAGAACGAACCAAUUAUAUUAUUAUAUCGACGUCCAUAAAAUGUCGAUGGAACUUUAAACAUAAGCGAAUAAGUUCAUACGAUUUACUAUGAUAUAAUACACGACUGUUGGCUGUGAGUACUAAAUUAAUUUUAAUCAGUCUUAUUGAACAAUGGCUAAGAAAAACCUUCGAAACAUUAUUAAAAAAAUGGAAUCGUCUAAUGUAUUGAUCAAUACUUCGAAUCCAUCUGAAUAUAAAGCGCCAAGUGCUUUCAUUCAAACUGAAGCUAACAAGGAUCCAGAACUCAUACCACACUGCUUCAGCUCGUUUUGUUAUUUGGGCCUAUUUGUGUGGCUCUUGUUGGAUAAAAACUACAAUUUAUUAAUUGAUCGCAACUCGACGAUUAUUAUUGUUACAUGUUAUGUAAUUGAAUUUGUCAAAUUUGCCUGUCAUUCUUAUCUAGUCAGUAGAAUAACAAAUCAAAUCAAGCCAAAAUCCAAUCCUAUAUUCUGGAUAUUUCAGUUUUUAAUUUCCACUGUGCUAGCAGUGGGUGUAUCAUAUUUAUUUUCAAUUCUCUUUGGUGCACCAUUGACUACUAAACAAGAACAAACUUUUGUAUUUUCAUUACUCGCAACAGCACUCAUAAUUACACCGACUGCUAUUCAACUAGGAUCAAAUAUAUUACCAUUACUGUUGACUGAUUGUUUUGAAACUGAAUUUGAUAAUAAUGUAGAAGUAUUUGAAAAGAACAAUUUCCGAGCAACAAUUUUAGGAGGGUUCAUUGGUGCAGCAGUAAUACCAUUCGACUGGGAAACUGAAUGGCAACGAUGGCCAAUUCCAUGUUCAGUUGGAUUAAUAGCUGGACAUUUAUUAGCUAAUGUUUAUGAAAUAAUAUGUUGGCAGUUUAAAACAUUGAAAAAAUAUUCUAUUAAAAAAAAUAAAUUUUGAUGUACAACUUGCUAUUAUGUAGGAAAUAAUAUGCCAUACAACAAAUUGAUUCUUAUUUCAUACUGAUUAUCAUUAUGUUGUACAAUUUAAAACUUAUUGUAACUUUUUUUUUUUUAUAUUUAACUUGAACAAUUAAUUAAAAUCAUCUAUAGCAGGGGUGGGCAACUGGCGAGCCGCAAACCUUUUUUAUCUGGUCCGCGCUAUAUUUUCAAAUUACAUCAUGCAAUUUUAAAGUCAAUCGUCUAUACUCUAUGCUAAAUUAAAAUGCAUACUUUGAAUGACCUUUAAGUUUUGCUCUCUAUACUCUGGCCCACUAAAUUUUAAUUUUCUAAAAAUUGGCCCUUUAAUAACUUUCAAUUGCUCAUCCCUGAUCUAUAGUAUAAAGAAUUAUCCAAUAAGUAUUAUUGGUAAUUUCAAAACACCAAUUAACACAAUGUAAUAAAUUCUUAAGAAUGCUAUUACAACAAUUGAAACAAAUAAUUAAUAUUCUCACAGCCAAUGUACUUAUUUAUAAAAACUACAGAUAUUCAUUUUAAGUUUUCGUAAAUAAUUAUCAAGUUAAAAAGGUAUGUUGGUACUUGGUAGUGUAAUGUUUAAUAAUAUGUAGUUUUGACUUGUAGCAUAACAUUAAGUGUGUUUUUUGUUCCUUGGGUUUUACUUAAAAAAAAGUAAUAAUUUAUGAGUUAAUUGUAAAUAUAACUAAUUAUUUAUUUUAUAAUUAUAAUGUUUAUUUGAAUACAAAUUUUAUAUUAUUUUAC